UUGAGGCUGACUUGGCGUCGGGUUGUUUACAAGGCCUUGGUGGUGGUGGCGACGGUCGGCCUCGCCAGCUAACUUCUCCCUCUCUGUCCCCGGCCUCUUCCCUCCCUCUGAUCAUGGUGUCUGCCAAGGAGCUCCUCUCCAGGCUCAAGGGGGAAGGAUGGAGUUUGAGUGAGGAAGGUGUUGAGGGCAUCUUAGAGGGCAACAACCUUAAUCUCCAGCAAGCAUCUCAGGAAAUACUCAAUAGUGACUUGAAAGACAUAGGGGCUCCUUGUCUCCCAGAGGACGUGCUGAAGGGUAAGAAGAAUUCGCUGCCUGGACCAGUUGUACUACAAGUGUCAAAAAUGCGCAAUGUGUCUGCACCCAAAGCCUUUGAGGACUCGGGCACUGCUCCUAGAAUGUUGCGAGUCUCUCUGACAGAUGGCUCUAGUUCCAUACAAGCUCUAGAGAUGCAGAAUAUCAAGCCACUUAGUCUCAAGACUGCGCCAGGCACUAAGAUUCGGCUAACAGGCAAGAUUCCUGUUUGUGGCGGGUUUUUGUUACUGUCCCCAAACAACAUCACUGUGAUUGGUGGCACUGUCCAGGAGUUAUAUGACAAGUGGAAGCUCUCAGCAAGUGUUUCAAAAUUUAGCCGGGGAGUUCGUGCUGCUGAUGGUUCUGGUCCUCCUCUUUGGGUACCAUUUGGCAAACGCAUUUUAAAGGACCCCCAUGAGAUGCAGAAAUUCAAGGCCCUGAAGGAUCCCAAUAGUAAAGACAAGCAGGAUGAUGAAUUUGAGGCUCAGCGGAAGCAAACUGUUAAAGAGUUGGCCAAAGAAGGAAAUAUAAAGGUGUUUGGAGGAGGCAAGCAGAUGUUGGAUGCUAAUGUCCAGAAAGUUGUUAAUGCUGGGUUUAACCAAGAGGUUGCUGAAUGGGCCCUCCGAAAUAGCAAAAACGAUCCAGUUAAGGCUAUCAGGGAGCUUAAAGCUGCAGCUAGCGGUCAACCACCUCCCUCUGAACGAAAUAAUUACAGUCAAGAUGAUGAUGAUGGUUACAGUGGACGUCGAGGUCGUGGUGGGCGAGGACGGGGUAGAGGUCGAGGGAGAGGGAGAGGCGGAGGAGGACCUGAUGACAGCGAUGAUGACUUUGAGCCUCCACCUAGUAUGCCUCGGCCUUCAGGACCAGCCUCCCUCUUUGACUUUUUUGAUACUAAGAUGAUUGAAAAGAAAGAGACUAUAAACUUUGUUGAACCAGUGGCAGAUGUGCGGGGGCCAGCAUAUCAGGGUGGUCGUGGAGGAGGUGGCCGAGGGGGUAGAGGUGCUCGGGGAGGCAGGGGAGGCCGUGGUGGUCGAGGAGGCAGCUGGAGUAGAGAAGUUAACGGAAGUGUUACACCUCCAAACCUUACCACUGAGAAUUGGCCAGCUCCAGGGGAAGAUAAAUUACAAGGCACAAGUAACAGAACAUAUUUUGAGAGCAAAGAGUUAAUGGAAGAAAAAGAACAACAAGAAAAUAUGAUGAGAAGGCCACCACCUCAGACCGUUACUGCUACAGGAAGAGAAAAUCCAUCCAAUUCGUACAGCAAUAGUUACAGUGGGCAUCAAGGCUAUGGGCGAGAUGACAGAGCACAGAGAGCACAGGGAGGUCAUCUCAGGGACACGGGGAGUAGAGACAAUAGUGGCAGACGAGAUUAUAAUGGAGGGGGCAAUUCUCAGAACUGGAAUGGUCGGGGUGAUCGAGGUGGUAAGAGAGGAGGCCGAGGUGGUGGCAACUAUAGGGGAGGAGUUACUAGUUAUGGACAGGGUGGUAGCUAUGCAGGUGGAGAGGGUUCUGGUAAUAAUUACCGAAAUGAUGGAAGUUAUAGCGGUGGCUACAGAGGUGGCAGGGGCAGCAAUGUAAGUGGUUAUAGAGGGGAUGGGGGUAACAGUAACAGUAGGGGUGAUGGCAAUAAUAGCAACAAUUACAGGUUUGUGGAAGGAAAUAUGGCUGGUCACAAGAGUGAUGUAGGAAAUUAUAUUGAUUACCGAGGUGAUGGAGGCAACUAUAUGGAUACUAAUAGUGGGGGCUAUAAUAGAGGUUACAAUAUGCAGUAUGACAUUAGAUAUGAUCCUUAUGGGAGUAGACAAGGGUGUCAAAACAAUUAUGACCAAAAUCAAGUGAGCCGAAGCAGAGAUGAAACGGCGGGAAGAAGUGGAAACUGGAAUGCAAACAGAGGUGGUGGCAGUCUGCGAGUCUCGUCUGAACACUCAACAAAGGAGUUGGAAAUGAUUCGAGAGUUCCAGCGGGGCUUAGCUUUGUCUGGACAAUAUAAUCAGCCUGCUGUUCAUGGUAGAUAUGAAGACAGUGCAGAUUACAACAGUGGAUUUUCUGGUACUGUGGAAUUCCAUCGUGGUGGCAGAGGUGGCGGUGGUCGGCGAGGCGGGCGCGGUGGCUACUAUUAAAGUCGCCUAUUUGUCUCCUGUGACAUCAAAUUGGUUAAGAACGUAAAAAUAUAACUACCACUAAAUCAUUAGAAUUAUGUUGUUUAAGUUUCUUAAUUUCUGGAAGUGUGAGCCUCAAAAUGAGGCACUAUUAUAGGCAUCAAUUUCCCCGUCACAUGAGAUGUAUAUAGCUGUCGGAUAAUCACUGCCACACUGAAGACCAUUUGUCCAGGGUUACUGUAGAACCAUGCUUUUUAUAGAUUAAGGUAUUGAUUGUAAGUUAUGUGCCCAAUACCAACCAAUCUCGCAGUUCUUUGGCAACUAUUACAACAAAACUCAUUAGGUAAUGCAGAAGAACCGUGUUCAGGUAAUUGAUUUUGUUGUUGGUAAAUAAUUCUAGUGGUCAAUUUCAGAGAAUUCAACCAGAUAAUUUCCAAUUCAAGAUUGAGUUGAAUUACAGCUUACUUUCAUUUGGGAAGAGCCUCAUGCCUCUUCCUUUAGAAACUUGUGUCUUAAUAUAUAGUGUUAGAGGACAUGACUCCACUAUGCUGUGCCUCAAGGCUCAUCCCUUUCUAACUAAUGUAAGUUGCCUUCCCAGCUGACUUUGAUGCGAACUCAGCUCAUAAUGAUUAUUAUUCUGUUGGCUAUAGGUUUGUUAAUUAAGGAAUUAAACUUCAGUGAUCCUAAACUCUAAUUAUGAUAGGGAAUUUAAUAGAAGCACUGUGUGUGUGUGUGUGUAUGAGUGUAUGCAUGUGCCUUUGUACAAAUCAAUAAUUGUGCAAAUGUUUUUCUACUUAAAGUUCUUGUACAAGUUUCAGGCAAUGGACUGUACGUAGAAUGUGCUGAUGUAGCACUACUGCACUGGUAAAGCAGGUAACCAGUGGUCCUUCUCAUUGUGACUAGGAAGAUUAGGUAGGGAAAUUGUCGUGUUAUAAGAUUAUAUUUUUUAUUCGGAGAAGUAUUCAAAUGUAAAAUAUAGAUACAGUAACUUGUUUGUGGUAUUUGAGUUCAUUAUUUGUACCGUUAAGGAGUGUGUGUAAUACAUUUAUUUAUAUAUUAUUUAAAUGUUAGUUAUAAAUCUGCUUUAAUCUUUGUGAUUUACUUUUUGAAGGUGUUAGGAAGUAUUGUGCAAAUAUAUUUUAAGAAAUCAUUUGUGGAAAAGCUUUCAUUUUUGAGAAUUUGGUAUACAGUAGUCAUAUUAAGAUGUAUAGAGUGGAACCAUGACAUCUACUUAAUAUUGCAAUGAUAUCAGAUAAAUUGGGGCCAGUGUUAAGAUAUUACUAUAAAGGAUUUAAAAGGCUUUAGUUUUUAUGUCUUCAAAAAUGUACAUGUCUACUUAAAUGCAUCGAGAUGUUACUUGCUUAAAUUAAGUUGAUAUGCUUAUAUUGAAAUUUGAUGCAUCUGCCCUUCCUAUAUAGGGUGCAUGUGGAUUCAUACAUAUGAUUGCAACAAAAAGGUUAUAAAUGUCAUGUCUGUGUUCAGCAUUGUGCAUUCAUUCUCAUUACAACUACAGUGGCGCCUCGAUUAACGAGUUUAAUGCGUUCCGGCACCGAGCUCGUCAUGUGGAAAACUCGCCUUGCGAAUUAACAACAAAACUGUCGUCUGUGUCCGAGAACCAGCGGGAACGCUCGUUAAUCGAGCGAAAGCUCGUCAGUCAAGACAUAUUUUCUGCAAGUGGCUUGCUCGUUACUCGAAAUGCUCGUAACUGGAGCCACUCGUCACUCGAGUUUCCACUGUAUUUUAAUUUCUUGAUGAAUGGAUGGCUUCCCUAUUUAUUCAUUUCCUUCAAAUAUCUAUACACUAGUCCAAAUUUACAGCUUAUGCAAAAAAAAAAAAUUCAUCUUCAUUCACUAAAAUAUGUCAUUGUGUAUGUUCAGUAAUGUUAAUAUUUUCCUGGAAUAAAUUGUUACACCCUUGCAAAGAGCAGUGUGGCAGCACCAAUAUUUUAACUUUACAAACUGUUAUUAUUUAAAAAAAUAUUAUGCAUACAUGUAUAAUACUUGUAUUGACCAAUAAACAUGCAAAUAUUUCUAUAAUGAUGUAAAAUUGAAUAUAAAAUUAUUAGGAAAUACAAGUUGAAUGCUGACGUUUUGUUUAAGUGUUGUAUCAUAAAUAUCAGACAGUCUUGGAAGAAACUUUUCUGUCUUUUCAGCAAUUUUGUACAGUUUUCUAACAUUCUACCAACUUAUUUUUAUAACUGUCACUCAGUGCUUCAACCAGUCAUUAUUACUUAUGAAAAAUAUAAAAUAGAAUGUGCUUCCAGUCAAGUUUUUUACUAAAUAAAGUGUUAAUCAAGGCUACAGUCAUUUGCAGCAAUUACUGUACUAUAUACCAAUUAUCUUUACAUUUUGGUUUGUUAAUUAAUAAAGGUAUGUAAAUCUU